AUGGCCCACGUCGUCACAUUAUCUACUUUCAAGCAGCCACCAGGCGACGUUUCGGCAUUGCAGGCUAGGGCCAUUGCAGAGCAAUGGGUAAAAGAUUUCGAAACCGCUCUUCAAAAAAACAAUAGAGAUGAGCUGGAAAAGUUAUUUGUCAAAGAUGCUUGGAUGCGCGAUUUGCUAUCGUUCAGCUGGGACUUUCGCUGCAUCCAAAAUCGAGAAAAUAUUGUCUGCUACUUUCAAAAUAACCACAAUGCUGGCAUCAGUGGAAUUCAUCUUCAAGAGAAUGGUGCUUUCCAGCCUAGCUUCCAGGCUCCAUGUCCGGGUAUACAAUGGAUUCAGAGCAUGUUCGACUUCGAGUCACGUCAUGGCCGAGGAAAGGGUACGAUUCGGUUGGUGAUGGAUGGCGAGGAUGGAAGUGAAUGGAAAUGCUACUUGAUGCACUUUAGACUUAAAGAACUAAAAGGGCAUGAAGAAAAGAUUGGACUAAGGCGCCCUGAAAGCUAUGUUGAUACAUCCGAUUACAACUGGCAGCAGCGACGGGAGAGGCAGAAGGAGUUUCUGGAUGAAGAACCAACGGUUCUAAUCGUUGGCGCUGGUCAAUCUGGGCUUAUACUUGGAGCCAGACUCCAGCAGCUAGGCAUUCCAUCGUUGAUCAUUGAGAGGCUGGGCCGCGUUGGCGAUACCUGGCGCAACCGCUACAAAACGCUCUCGACACACGAUCCAGUCCACUACUGCCAUAUGCCAUAUAUUCCUUUCCCUUCUCAUUGGCCGAUUUUUACGCCCAAGGAUAAACUUGCAGAUUGGCUGGAAGCAUAUGCCGGCCUAAUGGAGCUAAAUGUUUGGUGCAGCACUGAGCUCCAAAAUUCAUCGUUUGAUGAGGCAACAAAAUCUUGGUCAGUUACUGUUAAGCGGGCGGAUGGUUCAGUCCGUGAUCUGAAACCAAAGCAUGUUGUUCUUGCGACAGGAAGUUCGGGCGAAGCCCUCAUUCCGCAUUUCGACGGCAUUGAAAACUUUAAAGGUACUGUCUACCAUGCGAGCAAGCAUAAAGAUGCUUCAGCGCAUUCCGAUCUCUCAAACAAACGCGUGGUGGUCGUCGGCGCUGGGAAUUCGUCUCACGAUAUUUGCCAGAAUUUCUACAAAGCUGGCGCCGGAUCGGUCACUAUGCUUCAACGCGGCGGUACAUAUGUUUUGUCUGCGAAAAAGGGUCUCUUCAUGCUAUUUAAGGGAACGUAUGAAGAAGGCGGGCCACCAACUGAUGAAUGUGAUGUCAUGGCCCAAAGCAUGCCAAUUCCCAUUUCAUUUGCUUUUUCCACUCUCCUCACACAGGCUAUCAGAAACGUCGAAAAAGAAACCCAAGAGGGGCUAGCCAAGGCUGGAUUCCAGCUUGAUUACGGAGAAGGUGGUGGCGGUCUCUUCCGUAAAUACCUUACUCUUGGAGGCGGCUAUUACAUCGACGUCGGAUGCAGCCAGCUUAUCAUAGAUGGAAAGGUCAAAGUGAAGUCGAAUCCAGGGGGGAUCAAAUCAUUCACGCCAGAUGGACUCCUUCUUGCAGACGGAUCUGAGUUGAAGGCCGAAAUAGUGGUUCUAGCGACAGGUUAUCAGACAAUGCGCAGCACGGCAAAGAGUCUUUUCGGAGACAAAGUUGCCUCACGACUAGGAAAUGGUUGGGGUGUCGAUGAAGAAGGUGAAAUGGAUUCGAUUUGGAGAUAUAGUGGACAUCCCAACUUUUGGUUCAUGGGUGGCAAUCUCGCUUUAGGCCGAGGAUUCUCACAACUACUGGCGCUGCAAAUUAAAGCGAGCGAGUUGGGAAUUUAUGAAACACCAGGAACCCAAAACAUAAGCAACGGCGUACAAAAUGGAGCGUAG